AUGGAAAUAGCUAAGAGAAAACUCCAGUUUGAGAAAGAUGAAUUAGAACAAGAAAACAAGCGAUUGAAGAUAGAAAUAGGAGAAUCUUUGAAUUUGGCAAACAACAAUUUGUCAGGCCAAAUUCCGUUCUCUUUGGGAUAUCUGGCUUCUCUUGAAAUGCUCAGUUUACGUGGUAAUAGAUUCUCGGGAGAAUUACCUUCAUCUUUACAGAAUUGUAUGCAGUUAAAGAGUGGAGUGCCUCGAGUUCAACCAGAAGGAACUCAAGAUGACUCUGAUGUAUUAGGAAAAUGGUUUUAUGCUGGCAUGGGAUUUGGAUUUGUUCUUGGAGUUCCUGGAGACAUGCCUAUUUCAAUUUCUUGGACAGCUUGA